GGCAACUCUGCAUUGCAGGCCCUGGUUGCCAGCGGUUGCCUUGCAUCUUGAAGGAGGACUAUUAAUGUUCAAAAAACAAAGAACAAAUAUCAUGAUAGACUGGGUUUGAUGCCAGUGUGGAGACUACUCGGAAGAGCACUGUCAGAAAUUCAACGUUCAACCUUCGCUCCUGGCUGACAAAUUUUAUGGGCGCUAUCAGUGCUCACUGUUAUAUGACCCAAUACUGCUGACCACUACUUUCAGCUUCUAUGUCAGCCGUGCAUAUAAUAUUCGUCAGCUCCCAAGUGCACCGCACGCUUCAGACUUGCAUAAAGACUCUUUCCCCAUCUUUACCCUCCAGCUCUAGAUAAUGGUUGAAACAGUUGCACUAUUCAAUGGGCACACUAUGCCCACUCUUGGGCUCGGUGUCGCCAUGAACGGGGAAUGCGUGGAAGCUUGCAAGGUUGCCCUUCAAAAUGGCUACCGAAUGAUCGAUGUCGCCCGGCACUACGAGAAUGAAGUUCAAGUCGGUGUUGGGGUAGGGAAAAGUGGUGUUAAGCGCGAAGACGUCUUUAUCACUUCCAAGGUCUUCCAUAACGAUUUCACGUACGAUGGCACGAUGGCUGCUUUGAAAGACUCGAUCGCGAACCUUGGAUCUUCGUAUUAUGAUUUAUAUCUAACCCACAGCGCUACUGGAGGUAAGGACGCACGUCUUUCUGCCUACAGGGCUCUUUUGGACGGCAAGGCGAGCGGGAUGAUCAGAUCUGUCGGUGUCUCUAAUUACUCAGAAAAGCACAUAGAAGAGAUUCGCGAGGCUGGUCUAGAGAUGCCUGUUGUGAACCAAAUAGAGCUACAUCCAUUCUGCCAGCAAAAACCCAUCGUCGAAUACUGUAGAAAGAACAACAUCGUUGUCCAGGCAUACUCGCCACUUCUGCGUGGUGCUUUCGACAACCCGGUCAUUCAGGAACUCUCCACAAAGUACUCCAAAGAUCCUGCUCAGAUUCUUAUCAAGUGGUCUUUGCAACGAGGAUUUGUGCCUCUGCCGAAAUCCUCGCAUCCCGAACGUAUCAUAACCAAUGGCCAAGUAUUUGAUUGGAGCAUUGAACCUACAGACAUGGCAAAGCUUAAUGGGUUGGACCGCGGGAAGGAAGGCGCAAUUACCUGGAAUCCAGUCGACGUCGACUAG